UGAUUUGUCAUUGUUAUCUUACAAACAUGGAGAUAAGAUUAGAAGUUUUGACAUCAACAAGUAUCAAGCAGAAAAAACCCUGGCCGCGAGUCUCUUGGUUGGGACAGGAAAAUGAAGCUGUUUAUCUUUUGGAUGAUAAAUGCAUAAACGAAAUUAAUUUGCUAUCUGGAAGAACAAAGAAGAAAAUUCCUAGUUUGCAGCCUUUAUUGAAAGAUGUUUUUGUCCUAAGAACUUCCAGUAAUGAUGCCUGGCUAGCUGGGGUACUAACUACAGGCGAGCUUUUCAUUUGGAACAAAGAUCAAGAUUGUUGGAAAACUAUACAAGUAACGGAAAAACCUAGAGAAAUGAUUAAAGCUACAAUAGCAAACUCUUUGAGACUGUACUUGUAUGUGUCUGGAAAUGGGAAGAGAAUUCUGCUUAUAACACCAAGUGGAUGCAUUUUUCUUUGGGAAUUUUUGGAGUUGAAGAAUAUUUUAUCUUGUAAAAGCUUCUCGUUAGUGGGUCAGUGGUCCCAGAUCACACCUGAAGAACCAGUUCUGUUGCCUUCCUCCGAAGAUAAAGAAGCCGUAGUGAAUGCCGUUUUUAUAAAAAAUGAGUUAUUUGGAGACUGCUGCCUAUGUUCAUUUACUUUUUAUUCUGGGGAAUGCCUGAAGAUAACAUUUCUAGCAAUUCGGUGGCAAGAGAAUGUAUAUACAUCUACAAGAUCGUUGCCAUUCCAAGUUCAUUGGGCACAACAAAACUGUCUUCUGUGUAGUCUAACUCCUAAAUGUGAAUCAGUAAAAUCAAGAGGAGCUUUAAUUUCUGCCUUUUCAAGAGAUGGCCUUACCUUGGCAAUAACUCUUAAUCAGAAAGACCCAAAGGCAACUCAGGUAUUAUUUAUAAAUACGCUGAAUUUUUCUACUCUCUAUGGAAGCCUUAAAGGAUGUAGUAAUAAGAAUCCUGUGGUUCCAGCUUCACUUAUCAGGUCUUAUUGGGUUGGUGACAUCAGCUGGACUCAUCACGGUCUUUUUCUGGCUUGUGUGUUAAAACGUGGUUCUCUGGUUUUAUUAACCUCUCAAGGUGAAUUGCUAACAUUAAUUACAUUUGGUUGCUCCAUAGAAUUUGGGCCAGCAGAAUUUAUUCCUCUUCAUCCACUAAUAACAUAUAGACCACAGCAAUAUACAUUUCAAGAUUCAAAUAAUUCUUUAGACUCAUCAGCUUCUGAUAAUGAUCCCAUGAGACAGAGAUUUUCUAUAAAAGCACAUUCACGGUUCCCAUACCUCAUUAUAUCUGACGGAUACAUGAUCACAACUCUUCGAUUUAUUGAUAACCUAUCUCCAUCCAUGCUUAUGAGAUCACUUCUACUUGAUUCAACCCAGAGACUUGAGAAAACAUAUCAAAGUAUAAUAUCGUCUAAGCCAAAAGGAAAAGGCCUGAAUUUGCAAUCACUGGAUUCUCUUAGGUCUAGCCUGUUAAAACAUCAAAGAAAUGAAAAUUCAGCUGAUUUCACCAUUCCCCGAUUCCUGCAGGCAGAAGAAGCAACAAAUUUAAAUGAGGACACAGCAGAUUUUCAGGAAUUUGAAGCAGAAGAAACUAGUGAAGGGAAAUAUUUUCCAAAUAGUUUGUUUCCUUUUUGGAACCAAAAAAAUCCAAUGUCUAGUACUGUGAGGGAAGGAAGAUUGGAAUUUUCAUCUAUGUUUGAUACGAUACAUGCAAAGGAUGAUUCUGAAGAGACAGAUAGAACCAUUACGGAACUACAUUCUAUCCAGAAAAAUCUACUUGCAGCAUGGACUGUAGGCAUUUCAAAAAAUGUAACAGAAAGAAGUUUAAUGUUAAAUUACACAGUAGUUUGCAUUACUCAUUUUUUUUACAUUCUUCAGUUUAUAAAAUGUCCUUUCCCCAAACUUGACCAUUUUUUAACCAAGAGCCCAAGACAUAAUGCAUGGAUACUUUGUAUCUUUCAACUUUUUCAUCAGUGUUUGUCUAUCCAGUACUGGGAUAUGAGAUACAAGCAAGAUUUGAGACAUUUGAUAAAGCUAACAUCAAACACCAUACAGCUUUUGCUGACUCAGCAACAAAAGGAUCAGUUCUUAGAAAAACUUUUAGCCUGUUUUUACUUGCUUGAAAUGGUAGUUGGCAGCUUAAAUAGAAUCUACAGUCUUCAGCAUGAAGUUAUUUCAGCAUCAGCUGAUGGCAGUAAAACAACAGAUCAAGACUCAAUGGUGAUACCUAUUCUUCAGAUGGUCCAAGACAAUGGUUCUGAGGAAGAUUGGUCUUGGGACUUACCUCCCAAACGUCAUCCUCAAAUAAGUCUUGUUCAACAGCCGGGAUAUAGGUUGGUUGUUCUCUGGAGAGUAUUAUACAAAAAAACUUUAUGGUAUCAAGCACAAUUAAGUCGAAGAGUUCCUGAAGGUGACACACAGUUAACUGACAAGAUGACACAUGAAGCAUCUACUGUGAAGUCCCUGUUAUGUCAUAUACAGGCUUACUUACAGGCUGCUGGAGAUUGCUUGAAUCAAACCUUGUAUCUUAAAUCUAUUGAUGGAGAGGAGUGUUUCCUAUUAGGAUCAUAUGAAAAGUCUGUUCAACUGUGGAAGAAGGCUCUACAGGAAAUUCAAGAGAAAGGAGGAAGAAGGGCAUGUUUUCUUCAGAUACGCUAUUAUCUUUCGCUCUUAUACUGCCACCUUUAUAGCUAUAACUUAAAUGAUGCUCAAGGAUUGUGUGAUCAGCUAGUAAGAGAAAUACUGGUGUUGUCCCGACUGCCUGUGAAAGAAAAUGAAGACUGUGCAGUUCCCGAGAAGUCUCAUUGUGACUUUAGAAUAACUGGAAAUGUCCAUCCUGAGGCAGCAGUGAGGGUUAUCCAGUCCAUGGCUCGUUUCAUGGCCGCCUACUUCACCAAUCAGCCACUUUGCAUUUUGCCACCUCACAAUGUGAAUAUUCUUCCUCCACUCCAUAUUCCAACAGAGCAGUCCCUUCGACUUAUUCCUCUGCAGCACUGUAAGGUGGCCAGUGCUGUGCGAGAUCAGAACCUCUCUAACGUGUGGGUAGUUGAAUAUGCCCUUGAGUUGUUAUUCAUCGGUGGCCUGGUUCCAGAAGCUAUAUGGCUGGCACAUAAACUUGGAGACUGGAAGACAUGUGUUUCAAUUGGUGUGGCCUUCCAGCUAUUCUGUAAACAUGAUAGCAGUUUCAUGAGGUACAAGAAGAAAAUUCUGAAUCUACCAUUUAAUAUGGUACCAGCUAAGAUUUUCCAGGAAAAACUACAGUACUUUUUAGGUCAGCCAGCCUCUUUGCAGGCAAAAAAUGAAAUGGGUUCAAAAUUUAAACAGUUCACAGAUCCCAUUGAAGAAGAAGAUACAAACAUGCUGUUUUGUUCAGUGCAAGAAGUCCUGAAAGCAGCAGUUAUGGCUGAUGCAGAUAUUCUUUCAGAGACAUUUCAGCUUCUGAUAAACUCUGCAAAGGACUUCAGUAAGAGACUGUGGGGCUUAGUUCCAGUCGGCUUGUAUCUUCCAGCUCCUCCAUUAUAUUGUCCCCAGCCAGCUAUUCUUAGUGAAGAAGAUGGUGAUGAUCUUCUUUUAAAAGCUGAAAAAGAUAAUCGCCAGAAGGUGUCUGGAAUCCUUCAGCGUGUUCUCUUGCUUUUCCGGGCAGCUCGAUGCUCUUUUCCUGUAGCACAAUGGUACAUCUUGCAGUUAAGGUGGGCAAGGAAGGUCAUGCAGAAGAUUCGUAUAAAAGGGUCUCUUCCUUCAUUGAGUCCUUUCCCUGAGUCAUUACUUAAUUACUGUAAAGGAAGUGUUAUGUUCUUUAGACCUGGAGCAGCUGGAGACCACAAGCUUGAUGAAGUCUCCAUUAGAGCAAUAGGUUGCUUCAGAGAACUUUGUGCUUUGUGUUGGAUGCUGCAUAUCCGUGAUAACUUAUCCUAUAGUUGCAGGCAAUAUCAGAAAGCAAGAGAAAAUGUGAGAGAAGAAAAGGACCUCGAAGUGGAGUUUGAUUCUUGUGUGGUUGAGCACUGUCUCAGUGCAGUGGAAUGGGCUCAUAGAAUGCUACCUUUCUCUCGUUUUUUUAAUAUCGAAGAACUUAUUCAAGAUUUAAUUUUGAGCCUUAUUGGAGAAUUGCCACCAGUAAGAAAGGUAGCAGAAAUUUUUGUGAAAGCAUUUCCCAAUCCUGAGGACAUAAGGGUUCCAUUAAGAGAAAAAUUCCACUCUCUUCAACAGAGACUCAGACAUUGUGUUGUGAAAGGACCCCAGACUGAGGAAAUGAUGUCUGUAGUCAUGCAUUCUAUCCAUAAAGUGAGGGUGAAAGCCCUAAAACGUGUGCAGAGAAACAUAGGUUCCUUUGAGAUGAAUGUAUGGGAACCAAUUGAAGAAGAAAAGGCAGAUGAGGCUCCUCCAGGUUUUGACAGAUUUUCCCUGGGAACUAGUGUGAGCAGAAGUACACUCACAGAAGUGGGGAAUUCUCUGGUUCAUAGUGAUGCAGAUACAGCAGAUACAAUCUCUGAAGCUUUGCCAGUGGAAGAAAAAAGUAACAUACAAGUCUAUAAAAGAAAUGCCCCAAAUCAUGUGGAAUCAACAACACUUGGGAAACGCAGUGAUAAAAAGAAAAUACGUAAUCAGAAAGGAAAACCUAAAAGGAAAGAUCAUGAAAAGAUAUCACAAAAUGCACUUCCUGUAAUAGGCACAUGGGAAUUUGAACGUGAUGAUGAUGAAUAUAUUAAAUUCCUUGAUCUCUUCUUGAGUUAUGUUCUUGAAAGAGACCUACUUAGUUCCGGGGAUCCUGGCAUUCCAUUCCUAACCAGUUUUUCUGGACAGCUUAGAGAACAUGAACUUAAUUCUUUACUUUUUGAUGUUCAUACAACGUUAAAACGACGUCAGAGCAAAACUAAAAGCCAGAACGUAUUUAGAGCUGGCUCAUGCUUUGUUGUUGAUCCUGAGUCAUAUGAAUCUGAAAAAUCAUCCAUUUUAAAUGAUGAAUGUGUCAUAAAUUUAGAAAACCAUGCAGUUUCAGCUUCAGUAUUGGUUGAUCAAGGGAUCAGACACAUUGUAGAUAACCCGUUGCAUGAAGUCAGUAAACAUGAAGGAAAGAGUGGAUUGUUUGGCUUAAAACAAAAGUCAAUUUACAGAAUGAAGGAAGACAGUCUAGAGAAACCUUUAAUCCAGAAAUCGUCAAACCACAUUUUUUGGACUCCGAAGUCCAUUAAAACUAGGUGUAUUUUCAAAGCAAUUCAGUGCAGUGAUACUAACUCUCAAGAAGAACUUCCUCUAGCAUUAAAUAACACCUUUGACAGUAUAGGAAGACUGCUGGAAUGGAUGAUAAGAUGGUCUGAUAGAAGACUAUUCUGUGAUUCCACUAUUCCUGAGGCAUCCUGUAAAUACAGUCCUGUGAUUCGUGUAAAGACCUCUGCAGCUGCUAUUCUUACAUCAUUAUGGCUUCUGGAACAACCCUAUUUUGCUACAUAUAAGGCAAAAAAUACUAUUAUUAAGGGCCUAGAGAGUCAUUACACUGGGCCUCAGAGCAUACCUAAUAUUGAGAGGGAGAGCAAAACAGAAGCUGGCUCUUCAGUUUCACUAAUAGUUGAUGGCGGAAGUGAGCAAAGAAAUGAUCAGAAUGAGUCUUGUCAAAGUAUCUUGACUAAAACGCCAACUGAAGCAAAAAUUCCUGAAAUAAAAGAAAUCAAAGAUGAGAUUAUUUCUGUCACUAAUAAUACUGAAAAAGAAUUCAUACAUAUCAAAGAGGAUCUUUUAGAAGUAGAAACAUUUACACAGGAGGAAAUGGAUAUGCAUUUGUCAGACAAUGAAGAAGAUGCCAAAGAGUCUGUUGGAAGUCACAAAAAUUCCAGUAUUGCCUUUUGCAUGCUGACUUUACCACAGCAGGCAGAACUUUCCACAGAAGAAGUUCAGUGUCCAAUGGAAGAACUACCGGAAAAAAGUAUUGAGGAAAAAUCAACUGAAGGAAAAAGUAUGAUCAAAGCUUUUUCAAGUCCUGAGCAUACCAUUACUCAUUCGUUUUGUGUAGAUACAAGUUCAGAAGUUUCUAGUGCACAGAUUCCUGCCCUUAAAGAUGAACCUUCAGAUCCACCGCUGGUAUCAAAUGGAGUCAGUAUUGCUUCACAAGCACCUGUUCCAACACCUCGGAAGACUCAAAGAAAUGAACAUGGGGCUCAGUUACCAGAUUCUUCUGAUUCUGUUAGGCUGAUGCUCCAAGAUGAAAUGUUUAAAUUAGUUCAGUUGCAGCAGAUCAACUUCAUGAGCCUAAUGCAAAUAGUAGGGUCAUCUUUUGCUAAUCUUCCAAAUAUGCAUCAACUUCUACAACAGUCUGAGUCUGUUCGUUUGGAAGGAAGCCAAGUGUCAAAUCCUACAAGAGGGAGUGGUGAUGUUGGUGCCAGCAAUAGAAAUAUUAAGGAGAGACUUUUCGUGAAACCACAAUCCAUGGGAGAGUGCACCAGAGAGCUGGACAAGAAUAGCUCACACUGCUGUGAAAGAAGUACCCAAUCCGAUCAAAAUAGUAAUGGAAAUUUACAGAAUGUUCCACAGGGGAGUAUUCCUUUAUGUCAACUGGAUGAUCAACCCCAGAAAAGAGGAAUAACCACAACUUCUCAAAGCUUACCACCCACUUCGUCCUCGCUCCCUGCUGGAAAUACACAUCUCUAUCUUUUGUCCACACCUUCUGCCUUUGAGACGACACCUAGACUUAUCCCACCUGCAAAAACUUACAGUCCUCCUGAUGGUUUUCCUUUGCUUCAAUUUCCACCUAAGCAUGAAUUUAAGCCCCUUUCCUUGCAUGCUGUAAGAGUUCCACAAGUUCCCUUGAAGCCUUUGCUGCAACCAAGAGAGGCUUGGGGAUCAUCUGAUUCUUUCCAACCUCCGCUACCACCGAGAGCUGUGCAAAACACUUCAAUAUCCCAUUCAAAUUUAAGCCAGUAUAAUACUAUAGACAUAGAAACAACAGUUGAUCAGAAAAAAUGGGCAGAAACUGUAAUUACAGAAAUCCCCAAACAUGUGAACUUGGAUCAGUAUGUUGGACAAGAAAACUUGACACCGCAACAGGACUCUUCAGUAUUUAUUAAACCAGAACAACUGUUUGAUAUUAAGCCAAGGUCCCCUGAGCUAACGCCUCAGAAUGCCUUUGGACUUCCAUUAUUACACCUGCAACUUAAACCUCCUUAUGUAUUUUCAUCAGCCUCAAGAGCACCAGUUACAGUUCCCUCAAUACCUGUCAGAACUGUAGCAGAAGAAAGAAAAUGCCCAAGACUCCCAUUACUUCACUCAUGUCUACCCCCAGAAAAUAUGUACAAAAAACCACAACUUAUACCACUUGAAAAUCUCAUUGCAUUUAAACAAAGCCAACAGGAACUAACACAUAAUUUAUUUGAACAAGGUGAUUCUGGAUGUCUGCAGCUUCUAAAGGUCAAAAUAGAAUCAUCUGAAGUAAGUCAAGGAAAAGGCAGUAAAAAAAGGGAAAGAAGGCGAGCUGAGAAAGAGCUACAAGAAAAAAGAUCUGAGAAAUUGAAGAGAAAACCAAGUGUGACUUUCCGACCAGAGGAGUCCAUCAUUAAUGAUGAUUCAGAGAUCGUGGUGAAACCCAAGGAACAACAAGAAUAUCACAGUUCCCAGCCUUUGGAUGACUUUGACAUUCCCUUUGAAAUGCUGCAAGAUGUUAAUACUUCAGCUGGAUUGCAUUUCAUGGCCUCUGUAAAGAAGAAAGCUAUAGAGAGUCAGGAUGCAAGUACAAAUACAGACCCAGAAGAUAAAAAAGCUGCUUUUCAAGAAGUUGUGUCUGACUGUGGUAAAAAUCAAUUAUUUUCUUCCACCUCAGAAGAUAAGGAAGCUGCUUCUCAAGAAGUUGUGUCUGACUAUGAUAAAAAUCAACAAUUCAUUUCUUCUACCUCAGAAUAUGAACCUUUGAAUGUUCCUCAGCUCUUGGCUCCAGAUGUAUAUCUAAAUCUCAAACUUUCCACUGAAAUAUCAGAGAAACCUUUUUCACCUUCAGCACCGCCUAUGGUUGGACACACUUACAUAAAUGUGAUUGACAUUGAAGCUGAUGAUCUACAGGAAUUACCUGCCCGAGAAAAGCCUUCAAUUGAUAACAUUACUGAACAGCGAAGUCAUCAUCUGGAAGGUCCAUCAUCUGCAGAGCUUCAUUAUAUGGCAGCUUCAGUUACUAAUUCUAUCCCCUCACACAAUUUUAGGAGUCAAGACUCUGACAAUUCUGCUAUGAAUUUAUUUUCUAAACCAGCAAAAGUGACUGCAUCCUGUCUGGAGGGAAAAAGCUGGAGAGCAGGUAGCAUGGAAUUAAAGGAGCCUAGUAUCACUUCACCUGUACCAUCAGAUAUUCAACAGGACAGAGAUCUGCCAAAACAAGAAUUCCAAUUCAUAGAAAAGAGUACCAAGUCAGACUCUGCAGAAGAUGGUCUCUUGUGGCAACUGCUACAGGAUGUCCCUGCUUCUUGUCCAGCUCUAAGCCCUGCACCAAGCCCUGCAGCUCGCCUUGCACCAAGCCCUGCAGCUCGCCGACUAGAGCAUCUCACCUCCAAGCUUCAGAAAAUUGAUGAACAGCUCUUAGCAAUACAGAACAUUGCUGAAAACGUAGAGCAGGAUUUCUCCGGACCUGAAAUGUUAGAUCUCUGUUAUGAUAAGAUUGGACAAGCAGAUCACAGUGAAUUUUCUUCUGGCCCCGAAUUUGAUAAAACAUUAGCUUCAAAAACGAUUAGCAUUUCUGAAGAAGUGCAUUUUCUGACUCAUAUGGAUGAGGAGGAGCAAAGUAACAAAGAGGAGACUUCAGAAACGGAAUUUUCAGUGACAGAAACUCAUUCUAGUCAGAAAACCCAUGCGUUGCCUUCUGCAGAUUCAGCUAUCAGCCUUCGCAGUGACCAGAAUACUGCUUUCCCCGGUGUGAAUACCAGUGAUGAAUUAUUUGAGAGCGUUUUAGCAGAUCCACUCCAGAUGACAGGAUUGACUGAUGUUGCAGACAUUAUCGAUGACCUUAUAACGAAAGGUGGAGUUUCUAGUGAAGAACUUGGCUUAACAGAACAACAAGCAAGAAGGAUCUCCAGGGUUCAGCAUUCUUAUAGCAGACGUCCACAAAGAACUGAGAAGGAGAAGAGAGAGAUUAGAGUCUGGAUGAAAAAGAAGCGAAAAGAAAGGAUGGCGGAGUACUUAAAUCAGCUGGCAGAGAAGAGAGGGCAAGAACGUGAUCCUUUCUGCCACAGAAGCAAUCCAUUUUACAUGACUUCAAGGGAAAUCAGGCUGAGUCAAAAGAUGAAGCAUGAAAAAGAUAGAUUACUGCUGUCUGACCACUAUAGUCGUCGAAUCUCACAAGCAUACAGUCUGAUGAAUGAAUUGUUAUCUGAAUCAGUACAACUGCCAGCAACUGCACAGAAACCAUUGCCUAACAAACGCAGCACUGCUCAGUCUUCCAGAUGGCAACACUAUCCCAGAGGAGAGAAUCAACAUGAUCAUAAUUUUCCAAUAAAUCGACCUGGAAAAGUCAGAUCUCUCUCCAAACCAAGUUAUUCCCAAAAGGGGAGACCUUUUGGGCAACCUCAAAGUUCACCUUGGCCAUGUGGAACCGCUACUUUUACCAUUCAGAAGAAAGGUGGUGGAGUCAAAGCAGCAGUAAGAAAGGCUGUGAAGUCUCCAGUAACCUUCCAGAAAGACUCUAAUGCUCCGUAUCAUAGUCUGCAGCAAAUAAAAAACCACAAAAGUGCUGGGCUUGCACCUCAAACUAAGCAAGUGUGUAUAGAAUAUGAAAGAGAAGAGACUGUGGUGAGUCCCUGGACAUUACCUUCAGAAAUCCAUAAGAUUCUUCAUGAGAGUCCCAGUUCUCUCCUUCAAGACUUGUCACCAGCUGAAGAGGAGCAGCCAAGGACUCCUUUUGGGAUGGGUGGCAUGGACAGCAUGUCAGAGAGUACUGGCAGCAUCCUUAGCAAGCUUGACUGGAAUGCCAUUGAAGACAUGGUGGCUAGCGUGGAGGACAAGAGCCUGUCAGUCCACUGGGCUCUGAACCUGCACAGGAGAACACAUGGCAGCUGCAGAGCUGGCCCUGAGAGCUGCCCCGGCGGUGAUGGAGUCACUUUCGAAAGUGUGAAUUUCUGAUUGAAAGCUUGAACCUAAAUGAGAAAAAAACCUUCAAGGAGCAACUUAUUACAGUGAGUCUUCAGAAUCUUCUGUAGGCAUCAUAUAGAAUGUUCUCAACCCAGAAAGAGCUGAAUAGAACACUGACAAGGAGUGACUCGCUCCUACAGGUCCUGAGUGAAGACAAUUUCUAUACCAUCCUGGUGGUUCACAAAGGAGACCACAGAACCAGAAGCAAAGAAAGGAAAUAAUCUUUUUUUUUUUUUUUUUAACUAAAUUGACUAUAUAAGAUACUUGACUUCCAGGAAUGAAAACACAGUGAAAUAGCAAAAUUGUCAUUUUGAUCUUAUGGGACAUUCAUCACACUGAGGAGCAUGCUAUGUGGAACUUCCCGAGCUGGGAUUUGGAAACUCACUGGUGUUCAUUUAUAUCUUGGACUGUAAGAAUGAGUGAAUUCUGCUUGUAUGUCAACUGCUGUGUUG